AUGGUCCAAGGUACAUACCGCGCAGUCCAGAGCAUGGCUGAGGUGAGUGACUGGGCAGAACGUGUCGUCCGUCUUGCCGAGGGAACACCAGACCUCGAUAGUCUCCGCGUCGAAGUGGGCAAGAAAGUGAUCCCUGAGCCUCAUGGCGACCAGACAUUUCUGUACAUUGCCGGUCGCUCUGACCUCGCAUUGUGA